AUGGCGCUGAGGCGGCUCCUGCUGCGCUACUUCCCGCCGGGAAUUUUUUUUGAAUAUGUGGAAGGUGGUGAGUCAAAGACCAGAUCAAUAGAUCUUCUUGAUCUUAGACCUGACACAGAUGUUACAGCCUUAGUAGAAGAAAUCCAAAAAAGAGAACCUCUCAUCACAGAUUCCUGUUUGGAACAUGUCAUACAUCUAGUACAAAGAUUGCAGGAGAAGCUAGGGGAAGAACAGAAUCACAAAUUCUCCCUUUUUAAGGUGCUUAGAACACACAUAUUGCCUCUGACUAAUGUUGCAUUUAACAAAUCUGGUUCCCGCUUUAUCACUGGAAGCUAUGAUAGAACCUGCAAACUGUGGGAUACAGCAUCGGGAGAAGAAUUGCAUUCGCUGGAGGGACACAGAAACGUUGUCUAUGCAAUAGCUUUCAAUAAUCCCUACGGUGACAAGAUUGCCACUGGAUCUUUUGAUAAAACCUGCAAACUGUGGAGUACAGAAACAGGAAAAUGUUAUCAUACCUUCAGAGGACAUAGUGCAGAAAUAGUAUGUUUAUCAUUUAAUCCUCAGAGCACACUGCUGGCAACUGGAAGCAUGGAUACCACUGCCAAAUUAUGGGAUCUAGAGAAAGGAGAAGAAGUAGCCACUUUAAAUGGGCACUCAGCAGAAAUUAUUGCUCUGUCUUUCAAUACCACUGGAGACAGGAUCAUCACUGGCUCCUUUGACCAUACAGUAGCAGUAUGGGAUGUUGGCACUGGCAGGUUGUUACAUUCUUUAAUAGGCCACCGAGGAGAGAUUAGCAGUGCCCAGUUCAACUGGGACUGUUCUCUCAUUGUCACUGGAUCAAUGGACAAAACAUGCAUGCUGUGGAAUGCUGAGACAGGGACUCACAUAGCAACGCUAGCGGGGCACAGCAGGGAGGUGCUGGAUGUGUGCUUUGACUACGCCGGGCAGCGCAUUGCAACCGCCUCUGCUGAUGGGUCAGCAAGAGUCUACAGUGCAGGAACUAAACAGUGCAUUGCAAAGCUCGAAGGGCAUGAAGAUGAAAUUUCGAAGGUGUGUUUCAACCCUAAAGGCAAUUGCAUACUAACAGCCAGUUCUGAUAAAACAGCUCGGCUCUGGGAUGCUGCUACUGGACACUGCCUUCAGAUAUUAGAGGGUCAUGCUGAUGAGAUCUUCUCCUGUGCUUUUAACUACAAAGGUGACACAAUCAUUACAGGGAGCAAGGAUAAUUCCUGUAGAAUCUGGCACUGA